AUGUCCCUCGCCCACAACGGCAUCAUCCGCGGCCUCAACAGCAUCUAUCUCCAAGCACCGCACCUUCCUAAAGACCAGACCAUCAUCCGCGACUUUCUCAUCUACUGCCAAUGCUGGUGCGAAUCCAUGCACCACCACCACGACGCCGAGGAGGAAGAGUUCUUCCCCAGCAUCGAGUCCAUCACCGACGUCAAGGGAUUGAUGCAACGCAACGUCGACCAGCACGCAGCGUUCACACCGAGUUUCGAGGCAUUCCAGGCGUACGCGAAUACGUGCAAACCAGCCGAUUACGACGCACAGAAACUCACAUCUCUAGUUGAAGCCUUCGCGGAGCCCCUAACACUCCACUUGCGAGAGGAGAUUGACACUCUCCGAGCACUGGACAAGUACGACAGCGAGAAGAUCCGGGCGGCCUAUAAGCGGUUCGAGAAGAUGUUGAUGAACACCGACAACCAACGGAUCGCGCCGCUGGUCUUUGGAACGGCAGACCGGGCGUUUGAGGGUGGGAUGCAUGAUUUUCCUAGUGUGCCGGGUUUCGUUCCAUAUAUCAUUAACUAUGUGUUUGCGAGGAAGUAUCACGGGGCGUGGAGGUUCAAUCCGUGUACGGCUUGGAGGGAUAGGAGGGAGUUGGCUUUUGUUGGUUGA